AGACCUCGUUUUUCUCUACUAGACGAUGCGUGUUUUUGAAGGCUAGCAGCUAACCAGAAGAUAUUGGGGCUAGCUCGCGUUUGAAAGCGGUGAGGUCGAUGUUUUCUCAUGGAGGAUUUGUACAGUUAGUAGUCAAGAGGAUUUACGAGUGGGCUCGGACAGGUAGGGGUUGAGACGCUACGUAUUUAUCGAUAGAGGAAAUACACUGAUGUCCUCCACAGCGACAACAAGGUGAAAACACCUGUAAGGCUGCGCGUGGUUGUUAACUCAAAACGCGAGGCUCGGCACGCGCACAGACCAGAGGAGGCACACGCUCGCUUUCUUCGCCAUGGGGAACGCCUGCAGUAAUCAUCUUGGGAUCCCACCUGCUAAGGGCCCCAAUGCUGUGGGAUGCACUGACUUCAUGAUGGACCACACUGCACAGGGCAGCUUCUUCCGGCUUUACUAUCCUUGCCAAGAGACUGAAAAAGCGGAGAAACCUGACUGGGUCCCCUGCAGGGAGUAUUUCAACGGCCUGGCAGACUUCAUGAAAAUCAACAGGACUCUCAGUGAAAGGAUUUUCAACUACCUCUUUGGGUCCUUUAAGAUCCCAGCCUACUUGGAUGCUCCAUUUAAAUCAACUGGAAAAUGUCCUGUAGUUAUCUUCUCCCAUGGCCUUGGAGCCUUCAGGACUUUGUAUUCAGCUAUAUGUGCAGAAUUGGCCUCACAGGGCUUCAUCGUGGUGUCCGUGGAACACAGAGACCAGUCAGCCUCAGCUACGUAUUAUUUUCGUGAGAAGACGGAGUCAGAGAGGGCGAAUGAGAACAAGCCUAAAACAUCUGGCUCAGCCCAGGACAGCUUGGUCAGCGAGUGGAUGUACUACAGAUCUCUGCAGCACGGAGAGACAGAGUUCCCCCUCAGAAACAAACAGGUGAAACAGAGAGCAGAUGAAUGCAUUCUGGCUCUGGAUAGACUCACUGAAAUUAACUCAGGGAUACCAGUGCAAAAUGUUUUGCAAACACAGUUUGACUGGACGACGCUGGAGAACUCCAUGGAUCUGUGUAGGAUAGCAGCCAUGGGGCAUUCCUUUGGAGGAGCAACAGUGAUUGAAGCUCUGUGCAAAGAGGUUAAGUUCAAGUGUGGCAUCGCGCUGGACGCCUGGAUGUUCCCUUUAGAUGAUGAGGUCUUUCCUCGGGUGAAGCAGCCGAUCUUCUUCAUCAACUCAGAGAAGUUCCAGUGGGCGGGGAACAUCAGCCGCAUGAGGAAGCUGGACUCUGCCGUCAUACAGAGGAGGAUGAUAACGAUCAGAGGUACAGUCCACCAGAGCUUCCCCGACUUCACCUUCCUGACGGGCAACUGGAUCGGGAAGCUGAUGAAGCUGAAGGGAGAGAUCGACCCAGAGCUCGCCAUAGACCUCUCCAACAAAGCAACACUAGCCUUCCUGCAACGCCAUCUCGGUCUAGAGAGGAACUUUAAUCAGUGGGACCCUCUGAUUGAUGGCCAAGAUGAAAACCUCAUUCAAGGAACUAAUGUCACUGUGCUUCAGUCUGCCAUCUGAACUGCUUAAUAUACCACAGAAUAAACACCAGAGACCGUCAGAUGAAUGAUCCACCCGGAGCACAGGACCCGAAAUGUCACGCCAGGCCUGCGUGGCCUUUCAGAAUAACAUUCUGGAGUAGCAAUGGAUAGGAAAGAUCAUCUCUACCUCACCCGCAGGAAAGAUUUGUUUUUCUCGACCGAUAAAACACUCACUCAGCGGACCAGCGUUUGUUUCAUGAGGCCUGAAUGUUGCGUACGAGCAGCUGAACACUUCCUCUUUUUACUGUUAGUGAAAUCUUCACCAUCACCAGGACAUUUCUCAGAGAAAUUGUUUGAACCAUUUUCAUCUUUGAGUGUACAUAAAGCCAACAGAGAUAACGUUAUCUCGCACUAAUACGGAACGUCUCAUUGGAUGACUUUCAAGCAGAGGCGAGCUACACUAUGAUUGCAGUGUGAUUAUGUGACGAGGCCUAUGACGAGAAUGGGAUCCAACCAGUGGGCUCGAGAUGGGCAUUGUUGAAAAAGGAAGACUGAAGUAUGAUUUUAAUUAUUAGCCAAGAGAGUAAACUAAAUGUAUCCAUGCUGAUUCAACAGGAGACGGCCACAUAAGCAAGUCAGCAUCAUUAAAAGAAUACAAACACUACAAGGUGGCAUUAAGCUACCAUGUGGCACAGCUCACAGUACUGUUCAUCCAGAGUCAGUAACAUGUAACAGCCUUCUACCUUUAUACACUUACUGUCUGAAAUACCUGCCAUUUAUACACAACUGAAACACAAUAAAUCUGGU